AUGAGCUCCACAUCCAGCAAUCCUGAAGAUGGGGACUCCAUGGAGCAGUCUCAGCUGGGACUGGCCACCGUGAUUCAGAAGCUGGAAGACACCAUUCUGAGUCCCAUGGCCAGCCGGGGGGACCGGGCACUGACUGUGCGUGGAGAAGGCCAGCGGGCCUCACCCACUCCUGUGCCAGCCCGCAUCCGAGAGAUUGUGUCGGGCAGCCUGGCGGAGGAGCCACUCCCAGGGCUGCCAGCUACUACAACCCAUACACAGGAGGAGAGUGAACUCCUGCAAGAAGAGCUGGCCCGGUUGGAGGACCUGUUGGCUCAGGCAGAUGCUGAGCGGGAGGAGCUGGUUAACAAGUGUCACAUGGUCAGCCAGAGGCUGCAGGCCCGCCUGGACACCACUGAGGCCCGGCUUCGGAAGUCAGAGCUGGAGCAUAGCAUGGACUUGGAGGAGGCACUCGGCCGGCUGGAGGUCUCACAGCAGAGGAGCAUGGGCCUCUCCCAAGUAAACACCCUCCUCCGGGGACAGCUGGAGCACAUGCAGAAGGCCAAUGACACGCUGGCCAGGGAGCUGGCCAGGACAGCACACAGCUUGCUCCGCCUGCAGGGCAAGCUAGAGCUGCAGGAGACCCAAAGGUCGGGCCUGAGAGAGCCCAGGGACAUCCUCCCCCUGUGGAGACAGGCCAAGGCUCUGCAGACACACCUGGCUGAGCUUCGGGCAGCCACCGAGAGGGGUCUCACUGAUGUUCAGGCCGACAUGGCCCGGACAGCCCAGCGCUUGCAUGUAGCCUGCCUGAGCCUCGACUCCCACCAGCGGCUGACAGCCAGCAGCAUGACCAGUGACCUGGAGCAGCGGCUGAGGGAGCAGGCCAGGGAAAUGCUGCAGCUGCAGAGCCACUGGGCUGCUGAGAAGGUGGAGCUACAAGCCAGACUUUCAGAGCAGACACUGUUAGUACAGAAGCUCUCUGAUCAGAAGGAAGAAGGAGAGAGAUCCAUCCUGGCCCUCAAGGCAGACAUCCAGAGACUGAAAUCCCGGCGCAGUGGGGGCCAGGUGGCGGUAGAUGAACUGAGGGAUGAGGUUGAAGCCCUACACCGUGUUCUGGCCAGCAUCAAGGAGGUGGCCCAGUCAGAUGCAACUCUGGAGUUGACCUGGAGCAGCAGCAGUGAAGUCAGGGAGAUACAGGGCCGACUGAGGAGCCCCCCACGUUCUGUGUCACCCCACCGGCAUAUGUCCCCAACACGGACCAGCUCUCCAGCCAGCCUGGACCCUACACUGCAGGCCGUGCAGGCAGCCAUCGAGAGGCGGCAACAGAGGGAGCAGGAGCUGUGUCUGAGGCUGGAGUCCUCCCAAGAGGAAGCAGCCGGGCUCCGAGAGCAGCUGUCUGGGUACCGGCAGGAGCUACGAGCCUCACAAAGGCUUCUGCAGGACAGGGCACAGGAGCAUGCGGAUCUCCUGGGCCAGCUGGAGGCCCAAAGGCAGGAGACACAGCACUGCCAGGCAUCUAUCCAUCUCCUGGAAAGGGAGAAGGUAGCCCUGGAGACAACAAUGAAGGAACUAAGAGCGAAGGCAGACAUUCGGGAUGUGGAGACACAGAAGCUGCAAGUCACAAAUGCAGAGCUGCGGAGAAGUCUCCUGCUGCGGGCAGAGCAGAAAGCUGAGCUGGCCCAGCAGAGCCAGAGGAGCCUGCGUGAGCUGGAGGCCAGCCAGGGCCGCCUGGAGCAGCUGGAGGAGAAGGUCUCUGGGUUCAGGAAGGAGCUGGCCACGGCCCGGGAGGCCCUGAGCUCAAUGCAGCUGCAGAGGGACAUUGCGGAGACUGAAAAGGAGAGCCUGCGUGGUGCCCUGGCCCGGGCUGAAUCUAGCAAUGCUGAUUUGGAAUUGCUGGUGGCACGGCUGAAGUCAGAGGGGAUAGAGCAACAGGACUCCCUGGCCAAGAUGGCUGCCCUGGUGGAAGGGCUUUCCCAGGACAAAGGCACCCUAAACCACCUGGUACUUCAGCUGGAGCAGGAGAGGGACCAGCUUCGGGAGCAGCAGAAGAUGCUGGAGCAGGAGCAAGCCAGAGUCAGGGAGCAGCUGGCACACACAGAGCAGCAGCUAGGCCUCAAUUGGGCUGAGCGGAGAAGUCUACAGGAGACUUGUGAGCAACUGGAGCAAAAGCAGGAGCAUCUAGAAGGACAGGUGGUCCUGCUCGGGCAGGAGAGUGCCCAGCUCCGGGAGCAGGUGGGCCAGGCCACAUGCAAGAAACAGGCCCUGGAGAAGCAGCUGGCACAGAGCCUGCAGGACCAGGAGGCCCAGAUGGACAUUCUGCAAGAAGCUCUCCACGAGAAGAACACUCUGUCGGAGGAGCGGGCUCACCUACUGGCUAAGCAGGAAGCCCUGGAGCGACACAGUGAGCUUGUGACUAAGGAGGCCGCUGAUCUGAGGAAGGAGAGGGACUCUCUGGAGAAUGGCCUCUUUGAGGCCCAACAGUUGGCAACACAGCUGCAGACCCAACAGAAACAGCUAGAAGGAGAGGCCCAGGCUACUCGGCUCGCUCACAGGGCUUUGCAAGUGGAAAUGGAGCGCAUGAAAAGCGACUGGGAAGUCCGAGAGACGCAGCUGCAGUGGGAUCUGGGACAGCUGCAGCAGCAGGCCGCACAGCAGGAGCAGGAGGCACAGCUGGCCUUGGAGCGCCAGGCACUGGCCCACAGGGAGGACCUGGCGCGGCUGCAGAGGGAGAAGGAGACCCUCAGUUUAUCCCUGGCAGAGGAGAAAGAGGUGGCUGCCCAGUGGAUGGAACAGCAAAAAGAGCUGGUGACAAAAACCACAGCUGAGAGGGAGGCUCUGGAGGGGGAAAUCCAGAGCCUGAAGCAUGAACGGGAUGAGAGCCUCCUCCAACUGGAGCAUGAGAUGCAGCAGGCAAUGUCUCUGAAGGAAGCAGAGAAGAGCCUGCUGAGCAAGGAGCUAUCUGGGGCUAACAGGGAGCUGGAACGGACACGCCAGGAGGCCCAGAACCAGCAAGCACAAGCUGAGGCCACUAUCACCACCGUGACCAAAGAGCUGAGAACUCUCCAGGCCCAGUUUGAGGAGGCCAUCUCCACCCACCAGACAGAAGCUGAAACUCUGAGGGAAAAGCUCAGGGAGAUCGCAGCCGAGCGGAGCAGUGUGAGGAGAGAGGCUGAGGGGUUGCAGGCACAGCUGAACGUGGCCCAUGAAAAGUUGGCUGGACUGCGCCAAGAGCUUCAGGACAGUGAGCAGAGUCAGGAGGGUCUCCGCAGGGAGGCCUUGGAGGCCCGCCGGGCACUGGACGAUGAGGCUCAAGAGAAGGAUGUGCUGCAAUGCUCCAACACCAAGCUGCGGGCCACCAUCCACAGGGCUGAGCAAGAGAAAGCCAGUUUUAAGCGGUCCAAGGAGGAGCAGGAGCAGAAGCUGCUGGUGCUUCAGGAGGCUCAAGUAGCAGCUCAGAAGGAAGCAUAUGAGCUGAGGACCAGGCUGCAGGAGUUGGAACAGGCACAGGGGGAUACCCACCGGAAGCUCCAGGAACACCACAGACAGGUAAGGACACUGGAAGCUGAGAACCAGAGGAAGAGGCGGGAGGUGAGUGAGCUGCAGGCCCAAGCCUCUCGGGAUGCACAGCAGCGAAGGAAGAGCCUGCAGGAGGCGCUGGAGCUGCAGAGCCAGAUAGCUGAGUGCCAGGCUGCCCGCGAUGGUGCCCAGAAGGAGGUUCUAGGGCUACAGCAGAAGUUGGCCGAAGUGGAGGCAGCGGGGGAGGCCCGGGUGAAGCAACUGGAAGAGAUUCUUUGUGAGAGCCAGAGGGCUGAGCAGACCCUGCGGGCUGAACUGCGCAAACUCAUCAGGAAGCUACAACAGGCCAGCAGCCAGGCUAACACCCUUCAGGCCAGCCUGGACAACGCCAGUAGCAGAGUCCACAUCCUGGAGCAGGAGCUGGCCCAGGCUGAGGGUGCUAGGCACAAUGCGGAGGUUCAGCUAGGCCGGCUGUGCUCCACACUCCGCAGUGUCCUAGGGCUACAUAGUCAGAGCCGCUUGGCCUCUCCAGAGAGGCCCCAUUCUCCCACAACAGGCAGCUCCCAGACUCGUCCUGGAUGGCAAAGAGCCAGUCCCUCUACUAGAUCCUACUCUCCAUCCCGAUGGCCCUCACCUGUGCCCGGAGACCCUGACUCACAGAUCAUAGAUGUGGCCUCCGUAAGGGAUGCCCUGAGGGACUUGGUGCAAAAGCUUCAAGAAGCCCAGCAGGAGCGGGACAACUCCAGCAUCCAGGUGGCCAGUUUGAGCAGCCGUUUGAGCGAGGCAGAGAGUGAGCGCGUCCACCUACAGAGCCGCGUAGAACAGCUACAGAGGGACCUAGCUGAUGCGAAGGAAGGGCAGCGUAGGGCAGAGAGUGCACUGCACAGUGCCCAGGCAGCUCGGGCCCUGCAGAAGGAGGCACUCCAGAGGCUGGAAACAGAGCACCUGGCAAGCACGCGGGCUGCAAGCCAGGAAAGGAGGAGGAUGCAGGAGCAAGUGGACACCCUGCACCAGGCCCUGGAAGAGAGUAGCAGGCACAGCCAGAGCCUUACAGAGAAGGGGAGGCAGCUGGAGCCCCCGCAGCAGGUGCUCCUGCGGAGUCACAGGGAGCAGGAAGCCGCAGCAGCGACACAGCGGGCGGAAAGGCGAGCCCUUCGGGAGCAAACAACUUCACUGCGCACCGAGAGGGCCCGCCUACAGGGGGAGCUCGCGGCGCUGCGCACUCGCCUCAUACAGAUGGAACAGGAGACCCUGAGGAAGGAGGAGGACACAGCAAUGCUGGGGGCCAGGAAGGAGCAGCUACAGAAGUCUCUGAGCAGUCUACACCAGGAAGUAGAUGGGGCCCUGCGGCAGAGCCAGCAGCUGCAGGUGGCCAGCCUGAAGAAACAGCUGGACCGGGAAGUGCGGCAGCAACAGCAGCGGGCCCACAGUGACUAGAUGUUCUGAGCUAAGCAAUGACCUUCACUGCGGUUCCUUCCCUACACUCCUGUGCUGGGUGGCCUGCAUCAACCAGCCAGGACAGCAAGCUCUGGGGGAGAUGUUAGGGUCCUAUACUACUGGGGAAACUGGUGCUAUGCACACUAUACUCUAGGGGCCAAGUUCAACAAACAUUGGUGUGUUGUGACAAGAUGCACAUAUAGGCAGCCAUCAACCAAGGCACAGACUGCAUAAGUCCUGCCUAUGGAGACCUUAGCCUCCAGCUGGGCUGAACCACACUGCUGGUCCCUGCUCUUUAAUACUCAUUCCUGCAUUGACCACCCCUCAGCCCCAUACCGGGCCUUGUGCUUCAUUUCCAGACUGGACCCACUUCUUGGGCUAGGCACUGGUGGCUGGGCCCGGUCAGACCAGCUCCCUUACCAUGGGCUGCAUUCCAUGCCCUCAGCUCUGUAAACACAGGGAAACACAUGGAAAACAUUUCCACCAGCAAGAGCCAAAAACACAAUGUCCUGCAAGGCCAGCCACCACACCCCACAUCCAGAGGCUGCAGAAUC